AAGAGGACGCAUUUUUAACUCACACGGACCGAGACCUACAGUCCUCCUUGCCUGGGCUCCCUGACUUCCACACCAUGAGAAUCAGCUGUCAGAGGCUGCUGCCAGUGCUGGGUGUCCUGCUGACUCUGUCGGGAGCUGGAACCCAGAAAUCCAAGGCCUGCGCCCCAUGGUGCCCUGCAAGGUCCACGUGUGUCAACGGCACGGCCUGUCGCUGCGAUGCAGGGUUCACGUCCACAUCGGGGGAGAUCUUCACGGAGCGCACGGACAUGUGCGAGGACAUCAACGAGUGUGCCCCGCCCCGGUCCCUGUCCUGUGGGAAAUUUGCCGAUUGUCAGAACAUGGACGGCAGCUACUACUGCACCUGCAACCCGGGAUACAGGCUCAUCUCCGGGGAGAAGGUGUUCAAGGAUGAGAGCCAGAACACGUGUCAAGACGUGAACGAAUGCACCUCGGGACAAAACCCCUGCCACAGCUCCACCCACUGCAUGAACAAAGCCGGCGGCUACCAGUGCCUCUGCCGCCCCGGCUGGAGGCCGAUUCCCGGAGCCCCCAAUGGCCCAAACAGCACCGUCUGCGAAGACGUGGACGAGUGCAGCUCCGGGCAGCAUCAGUGUCACAACUCCACCGUGUGCGUCAACACCCAGGGGUCAUAUAAGUGCCGCUGCCGCCAAGGCUGGAAACCGAUUGCCGGAUCCCUCAACGGCCGCAUCAACACCAUCUGCGAAGAGAUCCACCUGCCCACCUGGACUCCGCCCCACGGCAUCCACAGCCAGACUCUCUCCGGAUUCCUUGACAAAGUCCAGGCUCUGAGCAGAGACUUCAAGCCAGCCUUGGCCAAUGUCACCAUCCAGAACCUCAUGCAAAGAGUGGAUGAGCUGCUGGAGUCGCCGGGGGACCUGCAGACCCUGCCUCACUCCCAGCAGCACUGUGUGGCCACUCACCUGCUGGCUGACCUGGAGCAGACCCUGCAAAGCCUGGGCAAGAAUCUGCCCCAAGGGCCAUUCACCUCCAGUUACCCUGCAGGCACAGAACUGUCCCUGGAGGUGCAGGAGCAAGGAGUCAGGAAUGUCACCUUGAGUCAGAGCCAGGCAAAGAUGCAGCUGGACUGGAAGCCUGCCUGGGAGUCUGGUGACACAGGCCCCUCUGUGGUGGGCCUGGUCUCCACUCCAGGGAUGGCCAAGCUGAUGGCUGAGGCCCCUCUGGACCUGGACCACGAGAAGGGAGCAGCUCCGUAUGAGACGCACGAGGGCUUCCUGCAGGCGUGGCCCCCUGUGCUGCUCUCAGACGUCGUCUCGGCCUUUGUGAGCAGCAGAAACACCGAGAACCUUGGCUCCACCGUAGCCUUAACCUUCUCCCACCGUCCGGUGAUCCAGGAGCCACGGCUCUGUGUCUUCUGGGAGCAGAGUCACAGUGGAUGCGGCCACUGGGCCAGCGCGGGCUGCCGGACAGAGAGCAGUAGAGGCGACAGCACCACCUGCCGCUGUUCCCACCUCAGCAGCUUUGCCGUCCUCAUGGGAUACGAUGGUGCGCAGGCGCGGGACCCUGUGCUACGCAGCGUCACGCGUGUGGGGCUGGCCCUGUCCCUCCUCUGCCUCCUGCUGGCAGCCCUCACCUUCCUGCUGUGCAGAACCAUCCAGAACACCAGCACCUCCCUGCACCUGCACCUGUCGCUCUGCCUCUUCCUGGCCCACCUCCUCUUCCUCACCGGGAUCGAUCAAACCCAGCCCAAGGUGCUGUGUGCCACCAUCGCCGGGGCCCUCCACUAUCUCUACCUGGCUUCGUUCACCUGGAUGCUGCUGGAGGGCCUGCACCUGCUCCUCACUGCCCGGAACCUCACGGUGCUCAACUACUCCAGGGGCGGCAGCAGACUCACCAAGCAGCUCCUGCUCCCGGUGGGCUACGGAGUGCCGGCUGUCAUGGUGGCCGUCUCGGCAGUGGCCAGGCCUCAGCUGUAUGGAACACCUGCCCGCUGCUGGCUGAACUCAGAAAAGGGAUUUCUGUGGGGCUUCCUUGGCCCUGUCUGUGCCGUGUUCUUGAUCAAUUUAGCUUUUUUCCUGAUGACCCUCUGGAUUCUGCAAAGCAAGCUCUCCUCCCUCAGCAGAGACGUGUCUACCUUCCAGCACCAGAACACACGGACGCUGACAUUCAAAGCCAUGGCUCAGCUCGUCAUCCUGGGCUGCACGUGGGGCCUGGGCUUCCUGCAGGUGGGGCCGGCGGCCCGUGUCAUGGCCUAUCUCUUCACCGGCAUCAACACCCUGCAGGGCGUCUUCAUCUUCCUGGUCUACUGCAUCCUGAGCCAGCCAGUCCGGGAGCAGUACAGGACCUGGAUGGAAAGGAUGAGGGCAUCCAGAGGCGAGUCUGAGACGUACGUGCUGUCCAGCCGGGGGUCUGACACCUCCAGCCCCAGCACGGUGAGGUCACGCGUGGCUCCCGACACCUGCCAUCCCACGCCCACCACACUGCACAGCCCGGGUACAUGCGGAGCUUCCAAAGAGUUUGUGGGGAAAAAAAUGGAAUUUAAUGUCAUGGUGCAGUGGGUUAAUCCUCCACCUGCAGUGCCGGCAUCCCAUGUGGGCACUGGUUCUAGUCCCGGCUGCUCCUCUUCCAGUCCAGCUCUCUGCUGUGGCCUGGGAAAGCAGUGGAGGAUGGCCCAAAUGUUUGGGUCCCUGCUACUCGUGGGAGACCAAAAGGAGGCACCUGGCCCCUGGCUUCGGAUCAACACAGCUACAGCCAUUGUGGCCAUCUGGAGAGUGAACCAACAGAAAGAAGACCUGUCUCUCUCUCUCACUCUCUCUCUCUCUCUCUCUCUCACUGUGACUCUGCCUCUCAAAUAAAUAAAUAAAAUCUUA